UGCCAAUGCGGUGCAGCCACCCCAAGGACGUGGCCAAUGCUCACAUCGAUGUGGGCAACAACACCCUGCUCCACACCCGCCUGCGCUACACCUGCAACCCCGGCUACAAGCGCAAAGCUGGCACCUCCAGCCUCAUCCAGUGCAUCCUCCGGGAUGACUCCAGCGAGCCCGACUGGACCCACACCACGCUCCAGUGCAUCCGGGACCCGGCUCUAGCUCCGGAAACCCCCAGCCCUGAGCUCCCGACGGCGCCGCACACUGAGAGGAUGACCCCAAGGGUUUCCAUCCAGACUCUGGCCUCUUCCAUUGGACUCUCAGUGCUGGUAGUCGCUGGCAUCAUGGCCUGCUGCUGCUGGAGGGCGAAAAUGCGCACAGGGCAGAGCUACACGGAGGCAGAGACAGCCAUCCCCAUGGUGGCUCCUGCUCCGGAGAACGAGGAGGUGCUGCCACCCAGUGUUUACCCCAUGGGCUGA